AGUACAAGCCGUUGGGCGAGGCUGUUCGAACAACGAGCAACAUAUGGCGUUUGACUGAUGAAGAGAUGCAGCAACGACGAGAAAAAGGCCUUUGCUAUUCGUGCAACGAAAAAUUCACACCAUGCCACAAGUGCAAAGGUAAGGAAGUAUUUUUGUUAGAAAUUGGGGAUGAUUGCGAGGAGGAAAAACCUCAGGAGGAAUCCUUGUUGCAUAUGGUUAAAAGCAAGAAACGUGGUCCGAAGAUGAUCACAUUCACGGCUGAAGUUAGGGGCAAAUUGGUGGAAGUAUUGGUUGAUAGUGGGUCAACGCUGAACUUCAUUGACGAGGAGCUGUCCAAAGAAAUUGAGAUUCCGUUCACCAAGGUAAAACCUUUUGGAGUCAAAGUAGCAAACGGGGAAACACUACGAGGGGAUAUUCUCUUCAAGGGUGUAAAGAUGGAGGCUCAAGGUCAAAAGAUGAGAGUGGAUCUAUAUGCCUUGCCAUUGAAG